AUUGUGUUUGUUGCAAUUUUGUUUGUGUUCGUUGCGAUACUUUUGAACAGAUAUUUAAAAUGCCGCCGGCAGCCAAAAGACACUGCAGCGUGAUCAUAUACGAUUUGGCUUGUAAAGAACAGCAGGAAUUCGAAAAAUCCUUUAAAAAGCUGCUGUAUGUAAAAUGGAAUAUAAACACCAAAGACACUUGUAGAGUGAUCGUUAUGAAUUCCAAUAAGACCCAGAAUAAGUUCGAUUAUAAGGGGAUAUGCCUUUUAACCCAGGAAACACCGUACGCGGAUCCACAGAAGAUGUUGGAAAACAUCCCCGAUGUUGUGGAAGACAAAGAAGAUAGUAGCAGCUGGUUGGAGGCACUUAAAGUGGCCUGCGACUUUAUUGUGGAGGAUUUCGAUGCACCCGGGGUAUUAACAAAACAAUUGGUGAUAUUUUCAGACUUCUCCAAAGAUUUAAAUUGUUACGAGUUAACAAAGGAUGUGAUAAAAACAGUGAACAAUAAUAACAUGUUUUUAUACGUUUUUGGGCCCCCAGUAAAGCCCAAUAUAACUAUAAAAACACCACAAGACGUUGAUAAGUGGAUGGAUAACGCUGCGUCGUUGGAUAAUUUGCCAAACAGCCAAAAUUACAGGAUUUUGAAGGUUAUGGUGGGUAAAACAAAAAAAAGAGUUGUUUGCCAUCUAGAUUUGAGUGUUCACUUGUUCUGCACCUACAUAAACAACCACGAAACGCAGGCGUGGCCGCAACCGCUUAAUUUCUGCAAAAGUCUUGUGGUGCCAAGCCAAACUUUUCGAGUAUUGAAUAAGGGGAAGUUGAACAUUCGUUUUCAAUGCAAAAACAAAAUCAUAAAACCUUUCGUUGACGCUUUGAAUCCCGACAAAGUCUUCGACUUUUUUGAUAUUAUAAAAUGCGUGAAAAGGCACGAUAGGCUUGUUCCAAUCAGAGAUGCAAAGAGAUUUCAUGUUGAAGGUGAAAGAUGUUUUAAAUUACUGGGUUUUACUGAUAGAGUAAACAUCCCCGAGUAUUAUUUAAGGGGUGAAGGAACAUAUUUUGUCAAGGCUGUAAAUUGUUUUACGGAUUCCCUAGUUAAAGUUUGCAAAGAAGAAAACGUUUAUGGGAUUGCGAAAAGGGUUUACAAUAAAAAUAACAAUCCCAAAUUUUACGCCUUAAUACCUGUGGUUUCUGAAGAGGCGAAUUAUUUUAUGAUGACCAUGUUGCCAUAUGCUGAGGGUGUUAAAUUGGCCUAUGAAGAGAAACCAGUAAAAACUGCCCCUGAAGUUCACAUAGACUCAGAUCUGGAAAAUUAUUUGGAUAGUUUGGAGGAAAAAAUUAUGCCACCCAUGAUUAUGGCUCCCACAAUUACAAAGUUUGCAGAGUACUCCCUAAAUAAGGAAGAUGGUUUUAAGUUUGGCGCUUCCCUCUUCGAAAAUCCAACUUCAGAUGACCAUCCCUUCAAGAAAAAGUGGGGUAGUUUUAUUUAAAUUAUUACUUUAAAAAUGUGUUAUGUUUUAUUUUUUCUUGUCAUUUAAUGUUUACCUAAUGUUAAUAAAUUUUGUAUUAAAGUA